UAUGCGCUGUUUUAUUUAAGUAAACAGUGAAAUUAAUGGUUUUGUGCGUCCAGAAUUUGAUGCAGCGUGUCAAAGGACAAACCGAGUGAAAAAGAUGAAACCUAAUGUUCAGAGGAGAGCAGCAGGAAGAGGAGGAAGAGGAGGAGGAGGAGGUGCUGGAGGAAGAAAACACAAAGAUAAGCUGCACAAGUUCAUGGUUUCUGUGCAGAAGUUAGUGCAGGGUGAGGGAGGACAUGAUGAACCCGAGCAUGAUAAACCUGCACGCAAAGGACCAGUGGUCAGGAGGAAAAGUCGCAAAGACCUGCGCAGAGAACAGAGGAAGCUAAAAAAGAAGAAGAAGAUUAAACUCCAACCACAAGCUUCAUCUUCAUCAUCAGAUCAGAACCUGCCUAAAAAAAGUAAACAAACUGUGGGUGCUGAUCUCCAAAAGUCUGCUCUGAAACCUAAAGCACAACCAAAGCAAGAUAAACCCGAACUCACCCAGCUGAAGAAACCUGCAAAAAAGGUUCAUUUCGAGAAGACAUCAUCAGAACAUGGGACGAAAGCCAAGGUGGCCAUGGUGAGAAAGAAAGCGCUCAUAGAAGCCAACCAGGUCGAAGACCGAGAGAUCAAGAAGCUGGAGAAGCGUCUAGGUCUCCACAAAAGGAGGAACAAGCAGAAGCUUCCACAAUCCUUCGUAGAUGAUGGACUCGAUUACAUUCUGGGAUUCCUGGAGCCUGGUGGGUCUGGGUUAUACGAGAGCGACGACGAUGUGGAUGCUGCCAAAGCCAAGAGCCAGUUGGAGAAGUUGGAGGAGAGCAGUGAGGACGAAGAAUCUCAGGAUGAUGAGGAUGGAGAUCCUGGGUCAGACCGUAAAGACGCCGAAGAAGACGAUGGUGAGGAAGAUGAAGGUGUAGAGGGUGAAGAUAUGGAUCAGGACGAUGAAGAUAUGGAUCAGGACGAUGAAGAUGAAGAGAUGGAUGAGGAAGAUGACAAUGAAGAUGAAGAGAUGGACAAGGGUGAGGAUGCUGAGGAAGAGGAAGGAGAAGACGACGACGAGGAUCUGGGAGAUAAGGAGGAAAAUGAAGAGGAUUUGGAAGAUUCUGAAGAGGAUUCCCAAGAUGAGCCAUCGAGCGAAGCCACCACAUCUAAAUACCUUCCACCUCAGCUCCGAGAAGCAGCCGACAGCAAGCGCCGGGCCGAGCUAGAGAGACUGAAGCGGAACCUGAAGGGUCUGAUAAACAGGUUGAGCGAGGCGAACAUGGCCUCCAUCAGUGGGCAGGUGGAGGAGCUGUACAUGAGCUGCAGCAGGAAGGACAUGAACGAAGCCCUGACCGAACUUCUGAUGGCCGCCUGCGUCACGCCCGCGCUCAUGCCCGACAGGCUCCUGAUGGAACACAUGUUGUUAGUCAGCGUCCUGCAUCACACGGUCGGGUUGGAGGUGGGCGCACAUUUCCUGGAGACGGUCGUCCGGCGCCUCGACGAGCUCCAGCGCCCGGGCGAGUCCGAGGACAAACAGUGUGCCAACCUGGCCUCCAUGCUGGCUCACCUGUACAACUUCCAGGUGGUUCACUGCCUGCUGCUGUCGGACGUGCUGCGGCGGCUGCUGGCCACGUUCACGGCGCAGGACGUGGAGCUGGUGCUGCUGCUGCUCAGGAACGUGGGCUUCUCGCUGCGCAAGGACGAUCCGCUGGGGCUGAGGGAGCUGAUCGGCGAAGCCCAGCGCAAAGCUAACGACGCCGGAUCUCGCUUCAGCGACCAGACCAGGGUCCGCUUCAUGCUGGAGACCAUGCUGGCUCUGAAGAACAACGACAUGAGGAAGAUUCCUGGUUACGACCCGGAACCUGUGGAGAGACUCAGGAAGCUGCAGCGCUCGCUGAUCCAGAACCGGGCGGGUGGCACUGACGUAAAGCUCAGAGUUUCUCUGGAGAACCUGUUGGAAGCUCAGACAGUCGGACGCUGGUGGAUCGUCGGAUCAUCCUGGAGCGGCGUGCCCAUGAUCAGCGCUGAUAAACCCACGGCGCCGCCUGUCAGCGGAGAACAGUUCAGCGCUAAAGUGCUGGAGUUGGCGCGUAAGCAGCGAAUGAAUACGGACGUCAGGAGAAACAUCUUCUGCGUGAUCAUGACCAGUGAGGAUUACCUGGACGCCUUCGAGAAGCUCCUGAGACUGGGUCUGAAGGGUCAGCAGGAGCGUGAUAUCGUCCACGUUCUGCUCGACUGCUGUCUGCAGGAGAAAACCUUCAACGGCUUCUACACAGUUUUAGCAGAGAAGUUUUGUGUCCAUGAUCGACGCUUUCAGAUGACCUUCCAGUUCAGUCUGUGGGAUAAGUUUAAAGAUCUGGCAACCCUGUCGAGCAGCUCCUUCAGCAACCUGGUGCAGAUGGUCACUCAGCUUCUACACAAGAACGCACUUUCACUGUCCAUCCUCAAGGCUAUUGAGUUUGGGGAGCUGGAUAAACCCAGGGUGAAGUUUCUGAGGCAGAUCCUUUCUAAACUCCUACAGCAGACCCAGCCGGAGGAUCUGGUGCAGAUAUUCGGCAGGAUAUCAGGAAUUCCUAAGUUGGGAAUGCUGCGUGAAGGCCUGAAGCUGUUCAUCAGACACUUCCUGCUGCGGAGCGCACAGACCGAGGGAGCGCUGCUCACCGAGAGAGCCGAGAUCGCCAUCAGAGCCAUGGAGGCUCACGACGCCAAGCUCAAGCUCUAAAACACACCCUCAUUCAGUCAUCAACUCAUUCAUUCAUUCACUUAUACACCCGUUCAUACGCCAAGCUCAAGCUCUAAAACACACCCUCACUCAGUCAUCAACUCAUUCAUUAAUUCACUUAUACACCCGUUCAUACGCCAAGCUCAAGCUCUAAAACACACCCUCAUUCAGUCAACUCAUUCAUUCAUUCAUUUAUACACCCGUUCAUACGCCAAGCUCAAGCUCUAAAACACACCCUCACUCAGUCAUCAACUCAUUCAGUCACUCACUUAUACACCCGUUCAUACGCCAAGCUCUAAAACACACCCUCAUUCAGUCAUAAACUCAUUCAUUCACUCACUUAUACACCCGUUCAUACGCCAAGCUCAAGCUCUAAAACACACCCUCACUCAGUCAUAACCUCAUUCAUUCACUCACUUAUACACCCGUUCAUACGCCAAGCUCAAGCUCUAAAAGACACCCUCACUCAGUCAUAACCUCAUUCAUUCACUCACUUAUACACCCGUUCAUACGCCAAGCUCAAGCUCUAAAACACACCCUCACUCAGUCAUAACCUCAUUCAUUCACUCACUCAUACACCCGUUCAUAGGGUCUGUUACCAGCGCUACCUCAGUCUCUCAUCAGCAGCAGGUGGCGCCUCAAGCCUCUAAAUCAUCCAGAAGAGGAAAAUGUCCUCAUGUUCUCACAGCUGCACAUCUUCCAGGACCUGUGCUGCUUUUUCCUUUAUAAAGCAUCCUGCACAGACAUGUACAUGUCUCAGUAACCAAGUCAGACUGAAUCUGCACAGUAAAAUGAGGCAGAAAUAGGUUUAAAAAUGCUGUCCAAUAACAUCUGCUAGUCUGUUUACCUCCCAGAUGUUUGGACGCUUUGCUGAGUGAAAAGUUUGGACUGUAGAAGAUGGAUUAGCACACUUUGAUUUUUAAUGAUAAAACAAGAAGGUUUUGUAUAUUGUACAAAAAUAUUCAGUCUGGACUUGGACAUGGACUAUAAUUUAAUAGAGCUGCUGUA